CCCGAGGAGGAGGCGGGGGGGCAUCGCUUUGCCUCAUCUCUCUUCGGACGGGAGGUGCCACCCGGCAGCUCCCCUCCGGAGUUUGAGGGGUGUAAGCGCCUCGUUAGAAGCGUGGAAGUCGGCGCAGGAUUUGCCAGCCUCGAAAACACGGUUUCAGUCCUUCGGUCUCUGAUAGAGGCAGUUCUGGGCAGGCGAUGGGGUGUUUGGAGCGGUCAGACUUUCCCUUGAUCGGCAGCGCGAGCUUUAUCGUUAACAAAAACGUGUUGCUUUUGAUUUUAGAACAUCGGCACUUCGUCAGGGCUUACAGCUUGGCGAACAGCUGCUCUAAAUGGGAUAGCGUUGCCCGAGACAAAGUGAAGAAGGGACUGUAAGGGCCACAGACUUAUUUCCUUUCUCUGUAAGAAGCCACGGAAAUAGAGGCUGGGUGAUGUCCCAUGGCAGGGGGUUUGGAACUAGAUGAUCUUUAAGGUCCCUUCCAACCCUAACUAUCCUAUGAUUCUAUGAUGUCCCAAGACGUUAACUCAUGGGAGAGGAGCGAACUACAUAUUAAACAACUUUGGUAGUUGAAUUUUUACAGAGAUAGAGGCUGGAUGAUGUCCUAAGACAUGAACUGAUCGGAGGGGAGCAAACCACAUAUUAAACAGCUUUGGUAGUUGAAUUUUGUAUGAGGUGCAGAUUUAUUUUUUUUUUUUUGCUGGUGCGUGUCAUGGCCAUAAAGAAUGACUGAAGUCAAAAUGUGUUCCCACACCACCAUUCUCCCUUAUUCGCGUUGCAGAAAUGAUUCUAAAAGAGACAGAAUAACAAAGAAAAAGGUUGCAAACUUCUGUGCCUGCCCUUUUAGAAGAUGAUUUUAUUAAAGGUGGAUAAGAUAGUGGACCAGCUGCAGCAGUUUGUUCAGACCUAUGAUCUGGCCGCCCUGCGGGAUUACUGGAGUUAUCUGGACCGACGCCUUUUCAGCCGUUUGGAAGACGUGUACCGGCCAACAGUGAACAAGCUGAAAACCAGCUUAUUCCGAUACUACCUUGUCCAUACUGUUCAGACUGGCCGCAAUGACAAGGCGCAGGAGUUUUUCCUCAAGCAAGCCUCCGAGCUCCAGAACCAGGCAGAGUGGAAGGAUUGGUUUGUCCUGCCCUUCCUCCCCACCCCAGACUCCAACCCCACCUUUGCCACGUAUUUCUCACGCCAGUGGGCAGAUACGUUUAUUGUGUCUCUGCACAACUUCCUGAGCGUCUUAUUUCAGUGCAUGCCAGUUCCAGUCAUUUUGAACUUUGAAGCUGAAUGUCUCAGGAGCAGUCUCAUACAAGAAGAAAACGAAUCGUUGCGGCAUAAGCUGUUUGCUUUGCAGGCUGAAUCCUCUCGCAUGAAGAAAGAGGAACUGGAGGGGGAACAACUUGUGCAUCACAAGUUGCCUGCAUAUGUGGCCAACAUGGAUCGACUAGGGGACUCUGAGCUGGAUAUGACCUGCAGCCAGAGGAAUACUGCACAUUCUCUUCAGUCCCGGGGAGGCUUUCUGUCCUCUUUUCUCUCCCAAAGUAAAAAGGGCCCUUCCAGGCCAGCCCAUCCAAGUGGGGCUUCUCCAACACAGACUGGCAGUACGCUGCUAGGGAAGAAAGAACCAACAAAUCACCAGAGUGCCAAGGGAAAAGAAGGAGCAGUGAGCUGUAAGGAUGGGAAGAACCACUUCAGCGGGAUAGUAGCAGGGGAAUCAAGCUUCCUGCAGCAGCGGCAGAAGCGGUUGCAAGAACACGGGAAGGAAAGGAAGGAACUGCUGUCAAAAGGGACCUUCCAGGGCCAAAGUGCUGAGAAGAAAACGGAUAUUAGCACAGCUGAGACAGAACUAUGCUCAGAGAUGAAUGCUGAGCAAGCAGAUACGUCAACCAAAACACCCGCCAGCAGUGCAGAGGCUGUAGGGGUCCGGCAGGAGCAGCCUUUCAUUGUCCUGAGCCAGGAGGAGUAUGGGGAGCACCAUUCAUCCAUCAUGUACUGCAGGGUCGAUUGUUCUGGACGGAGGGUGGCCAGCUUGGAUGUGGACGGGGUCAUCAAAGUCUGGUCUUUUAACCCCAUAAUGCAAACUAAAGCGUCAUCCAUUUCCAAAUCUCCAUUGCUGUCUCUGGAAUGGGCCACCAAACGUGAUCGGCUGCUAUUGCUUGGCAGUGGGGUCGGAACGGUUCGUCUUUAUGACACAGAAGCAAAGAAGAAUCUCUGUGAAAUCAGCAUUGAUGAAGACAUGCCCAGGAUCCUCUCCCUUGCCUGCAGCCCAAGUGGUGCCUCCUUUGUCUGUUCUGCAGCAGCUCAGAGCCCCAUCUCCCACCUGGACUUCUCAGCAGUCAGCUCUGGGGGCAAAAGCAUGAACCAAGUUCCUGGGAAGCUGCUACUGUGGGACACUAAAACAAUGAAGCAGCAGCUGCAUUUCUCGCUGGAGCCUGAGCCCAUUGCUAUUAACUGCACAGCCUUCAACCAUAAUGGCAACCUGCUGGUCACUGGGGCUGCAGAUGGAAUUGUUCGUCUUUUUGAUAUGCAGCAGCAUGAGUGCGCCAUGAGCUGGAAGGCACAUGACGGGGAAGUCUACUCUGUUGAGUUCAGCUAUGAUGAGAACACAGUCUACAGCAUAGGCGAGGAUGGCAAGUUUAUUCAGUGGAAUAUUCACAAAAGUGGCUUGAAGGUGUCCGAGUAUGAUCUUCCUAGUGAAGCUACGGGUCCUUUUGUUCUGUCUGGGUACAGUGGCUACAAGCAAGUCCAAUUCCCACGAGGAAGGCUUUUUGCUUUUGAUUCUGAAGGCAACUAUAUGUUGACGUGUUCUUCUACUGGAGGAGUCAUUUUUAAGUUAAAUGGUGAGGAGAAGGUUCUGGAGAACUGCCUUUCCCUGGGAGGACAUCGAGCUCCUGUUGUCACAGUGGAUUGGAGUACAGCCAUGGACUGCGGGACCUGCCUCACUGCUUCUAUGGAUGGGAAGAUUAAAUUAACCACCUUACUGGCUCAAAAGUCUUAACCUGGACAGUAGUGAAAGGAAAGAGUGACAGACUUCACAAACAGUGUUAACUCCACAGGAACAAACUGCAUGGGAGAGAAGGCAAAUCAUAGUCCCUCUUCUCAUUGUAGAUUUUGCCUCCUGACAAAUGUUAAAUACAUUUGCGAAACCACUGUGCAACGGAAUGCUGUAUGGGACUGGAUAAGUGGCAGCACUGAAUAAUAAGUCUCCACUGACCCAAUGUGGUGGUUGGACUCCCUCCAUUGGGAAGUCUUGAGAUACCUGGCCAGAAGGCUGCUGGGGUCGUAUUGAGGAUUCUGCAGACGGAGGUGAGGCUGGAGAAGGCAUGCAGGAGGCAGUACAGCGCAUAGUGUUAAGAUGGCUCAAACUGGAAAGGCUGGUGUGACAUCAGAGUAUUCUUUCAGUAUAGCAUUUGUUGUUGUGCUUUUUUUUGUUUUACUUAUUUUUCCAUAAAAAGGAACUAUUCCGUUGCAC